AUGUAUACUACAACUGGACAAACCCAACAGUCAUCAAAAAAUACUAAACGCCGAAAAGCCCAUCACAUGGCUCAUGGCAGAGCUCAACUAGAUAAAACGUUUCAACGACACAAAAUGCUUAAAAGUAAAAACAAUUUAAAUAAAAACGACACUACAGAUAUAAAUGCAGUUAAUAGUGAGACAGAGGAGCAAAAAGAUGUGUCUAGUCAACAAAAUGGUUUAGACAAAGAUCAGGCUCAAAACAUUAAAUUAUACGAAAAAAAACAUAAAAUUAACUCUAAUGAACUUUUAAAGAAAUCUGCAACUCCUUUUAAUGAAAAAAAAAAUAAAAAAAUAAAUUCUUAUAAAACAAAUUCACAACUAUCAUCUGCCCCUAUUAUGAAAACCAAAGAAAAUAUUCAACCAAAAACAAACUCUAAAUUGAUAUGUUCUCCUCGGUUAGAAUGGUAUUAUGAAGAUGACACAAUUUUUUCAGGGGAGAAAAUAGAAAAAGAAUCAUUAGAAAAAUUAUAUAUAAAGGCAAAUAGGUAUCUUGAACUUGAGGAAGAAGCAUAUAAUGUUUCAACAUACAUAUCGUCGUCAGACAAACAUUUUUUUGAAAAUAUUAUGAAAUCAGGGACAUUAAGUGAUAAAAUUAGUGCAUUAACGUUAUCAAUUCAAGAAUCACCUUUGCAUUCGUCAAAGAAAAUGAGGAUGCUACUAAAUAUGACAAAAAAGAAGAAUAGAACCGAGGCUAUUCAAAGUGUACAAGCAUUAAAAGAUCUUUUUAUAUCAACAGUAUUACCAAAUAGGAAAUUAAAAUAUUUUAAACAAAAAUUUCUUGAUUCUAAAAAUAUAACCAAAAAAGAAUUAAUCAUAUGGGCAUUUGAAGAUUUUUUGAAAAAAUAUUAUUUCGAAUAUUUAGAAGUCCUUGAAAAUCUUUUGAAAGAUCCAUUGUCUUUUUUGCGAAUACGUGUAGUAACUUAUAUAUUUGAAUUGAUUAAAGACAAACCUGAACAAGAACAAAAUUUAUUAAGGCUUUUAGUAAAUAAGCUAGGAGAUUCCGAAAAAAAAGUUGCUUCAAAAACAUCAUAUUGUAUUUUACAGCUAACAGCAACUCAUCCUGCCAUGAAAGAGGUUAUUAUAUCUGAAAUAGAAAAACUUCUUUUUCGUUCUUCAGUAUCUCAGCAUGCACAGUAUUAUUCAAUAAUCACUCUUAAUCAAAUGGUUUUAUCAAGGAAAACAGCAAAUGUAGCAAAUUAUUUAAUUAAUAUUUAUUUUUUGUUUUUUACUAAACUUGUAAAAGCAUCACAAAAUACAGAUAAUUUAAAAAAGUUAAAAAGUCAAAAAGUUUUUCAGGAAACUAAAUAUAAUACAAAACAAUUAAAUAAUGAUGCGUCUAAUAUUUAUGAAAAAGAAAUAAAUUCGAAACUAAUUUUGGCAAUUAUAUCAGGAAUAAACAGAGCGUUUUCUUUUUCAGAAAUUGAUGAUAAAAUAUUUGAAACUCAUAUAAAUACUUUAUUUACAAUGGUACAUAACAUUAAUUUUAAUACAUCAGUUCAAGCAUUAAUUUUAAUUUUUCAAAUAUCAAAGCAUAAAGAAGCCAUAUUAGACAGAUUUUAUCGGACUUUAUACGAAUCAAUUCAAGAUUUUAGAUUAUUUAAUUCAUCUAAGCAAGCGAUGUAUCUUAAUCUUCUUUUUAAAGCUAUUAAAACGGAUACGAAUAAAACAAGAGUGAAAUCUUUUGUGAAAAGGUUAAUACAACAAGCUAAUAUGCAUCAAAUAACUUUUAUUUCCGGAAUAAUGAUUUUGCUUAAUGAGUUGGAAAAAAUUCAUCCAGAAAUAAAAUCUUUAUAUAAUAGAUAUAAAGUUCAAAAUAACAAGAAUGAUUCUACUAAUGCCUUAAAUAAGAAUAAGUUAUUUAUAAAAGGUAAUAAAAAUAUGUCUAGUUUAUCAAACACUUCAGAUAAAUAUGAUGCUCGUAAACGGGAUCCUCGUUAUACCAAUGUAAAUAUUUCUUAUUUAUGGGAGCUAAUUCCUUUUCUUCAUCAUUUUCAUCCUACAAUAUCUUUAUAUGCAAAAUCAUUGUUACAUGGUUAUCAAAUAAUAUCAAAGCCUGAUCUUUCACUAUAUACUCUUUCACAUUUUUUGAAUAAAUUUAUCUAUCGAAAUCCUAAAACUAAAACUAUAUCUCAAAAUCCUAUUACGUACUCAAUUUCUAAAAAAAAUAAAGAUACGUUUUCUUUAACUAAAUCUGAAACUUUCACGGAUCAACCUUUAAAUAAAAAAUCUUUCGUUGAUCAAAAAAUUGCACAUGUUCCUCCUGAUGAAGUCUUUUAUUACAAAUAUUUUUCUCAAAAACAUAAACAGAAUAUGAAUAGUAAAAAGAAAUUGACUAAAACAGUGCAAGCCAAUUUCUCUGAUAAUAUGAUUGAAGAUUUUGAUGAUUCAGAAAAUUUUGAUGAUUCAGAAAAUUUUGAAAAUGAUUUUGAGGAAAAUCAAGAUAUUUAUGAAAACGAUCUAAAUACUCAAGAAUUUGAUAAUAAUUACUUAAACUUUAAUGAAUCAGAAAGUGACUUAAUUGGUAGCGAUAAUUUUGAUCAUUUCGAUAAUACAAGCCAAAUGUCUAUAAAUGAAUCUAUAGAUGAUGCAACUUCAAUUACUUUAACUGGGUUAAAACGUAAAUCGAAUGAAAAAAAAGAUUAUGUUAAAAAGAAAAAAUUAAAACAAUUACCAAUUUUCGCACCUGUUGAUGAGUAUUCAGCUAUUUUAGAAUACUAA